CCCCUCCUCCUCCUCCCCUGCACAUAAAACCAUCAACUUUUGCAAACAUCCAUGACACUCCAAGUCGUCCGAGCAGUCGAUAACCUCGAGCGAUACAACAUCACCCGGUCGAACCUCAACAUCUACCACAAUGUGGUGAUCGGGAACCGUAUCCGUUCAUUACACCCUGCUCAGCGGCUUCCUCCUUUCACUUUACCCGCAAGUCCACAACAACCACAACAACAACCACAACAACAACAACCACAACAACAACAAUGGGCGCAGCUACUCCUGGACCCCAUCACCCAAUUACUGGACCAACACCCCUCCCUCGCCGUCGUCAUAGGCGACCACCUCACAGCUCGCCCAAUGUUCUUGCGUCUAGAAACCAUUGAUCUCGUCCCUUUGAUCCGGGUCGUGACCCUCAAGGAUUCAUUGGACAUUAGUCGCGUUUUGGAACAGGAACACAAUUUACCUUUUGACCUCUCGGACCAGACUAGGCCGCUUUGGAGAUUGGUGAUCGCGUUGAUGAUGGAAGGGGAUUUAUCGUCGGUUUAUGUGCUCUAUACGUUCCAUCAUGUUAUCGCGGACGGUCGGUCGGCCAUGGCUCUUACGGCGCAGUUGAUCGAGCUCUUGAACCGACAGGCACAGGCACAAUCACAGGCACAGGCAUGGGCAGGAGCGAACAACCGUGCUGGCAACACAAAGAUUCCUGUGAGAUCAAUGAACCCAAUGCCUGCAUCGAUCGAACAACGUGUGAACUGUUACCCUUCCCUCCGAACCCUAGUCCUGGAAGUCAUUCGGGCUUUACUCCUACCGGGAAUUUUAAAAAAGGCUCUCGAGCGUCGGUACUGGGCCGGAGAGAUCGAUAGCUCACUCGAGGUCCCCAACGAGACCGAACUCGGGUUCUUGCGGUUUUCCAAGGAGGAGACCCAAAAGAUCGUUCAGGCCGCCAAGACGCACGCGACGACCGUCCAGGCUGUCUUGUACGCGGCCUCGGUGUUUGCGACCAAGGCGGUCUUUAUGUCCUCGGGAUCGAUAAGCCGGGACGGUGACCAUGAGGAUGGGUCUGGGUCUGGGUCUGGAGGGAAGAAGGCACGUAAGGAGAAGGAAAAAGAAGAAGAAAAAGAAGAGGGGAUUGUGUUUGCGACACCGGUGUCGUUACGGAACCUGAUCCCGAACAAGAUCGCACCUGAGGAUCAAGGGAAUUACACCUCCGAGAUCCUUCACCCAGCCAUCCAUGUGAACAACUCAUCCGAAUUCUGGGAGAUGACACGGAUCUAUCGAGCUCAGGUGGUGGCGAGCACAACGACCACCAGGGGUGUGCAGGAACUGUUGGAACAUUUCGGGAUGUUAAACUUGCUUUCCAAGAAGGAUGGAGGCUGGGAGACAUUUAUGACGAGCAAGGUCAAGAAGGAUCAACAUGGACGGAAGGCUUCCAUCAAGCUGUCGAACCUCGGGUCGGGGUGGGGACAGCAGCCCAGUCGGCAUGUUUGCGGCAGUGGUCAUGAUACUGUUACUGAUACUGGUACGAGGACUGGGCCAGAGAGAGAAGGCGAGGUGGAGUUUUUGAUUGAGGACGCGGUGUUCUCACAGUCUUCGGGGGUAACGGCUUCGGCCUUGACGAUGAAUGUGGCGACGGCGAACGGGGUGAUGACGGUGACGACGACAUGGCAGAAGGCCGGGUUUAGGGGAAGGGAGAGAGGAGAUGUGUUCGUGGAGGCGUUCCGGAGGAUCCUGUUUGAGGCGAUAGAGGGUGAUGAUGGUAGUGGUAGGCGGCAGGAGAAGUACUUUUUUUCGCAACUGCUUUUGCAAUAAGGGGAUAGAUAGAUAGAUAGAUAGAUA